AUGGAGUAUCCAGUGCUAGAUUCUGACAGAUCCAUUUAUCGACAUGCCGAAGGGGCCAAAUUGUCGCUUAUGCCCACUAAACCUAAUCAGGCAACCAGCUCGGAGGCUGAGCGGUGGGCAGCGAUCGGCGCGGGCCACGUUUGCUCCAUUAUCCAUCGUUUAACCCUCCCAGUAAGUGCAGCCACCACUUGCAAAGAUGCUGGUGCCCACGAGGCGGACUCUAUUUGGUCAAACACUAUCAACUAUCGACCAUUCAAAUCCGGAUACCGCUACGCCGCAGCGUCAGAGGCUUUGACAGAGCUGCCCAACCCGGCUGAUGAAUGA